AUGGUGAAAUGGACGACGGUUCUCAUCCCUCCGACGACCCUCUUGAUCGUGAACAUUGUCGGGGUGGUGGUAGGGUUCUCCGACGCGUUGAACAAAGGCUACGAAGCUUGGGGGCCAUUGUUCGGGAAAGUGUUCUUCGCGUUCUGGGUUAUACUCCAUUUGUACCCGUUCUUGAAGGGUUUGAUGGGGCGGCAGAACAGGACGCCGACGAUUGUGGUGCUCUGGUCGGUGCUUUUGGCGUCUGUGUUCAUCCGUGCACUCCACCAAAUCGGGGCUCGAUGUCUCCAUCCGGAUCACAUCCGUAAGGGAAGCGAAUGCUCUGCCUCGGACCACUUCAGCCAUCACCGAACCUUUGAAUCGGUAGAACCCUUCGCGGGUGCGGGGCAAAUCCCAGUCCCAUAA